GUGGUGCCACUCAAACUAGUAGGAUGUAGUAGCAACUGUCUUUUAAGUCUGUUUUGCAGAUAAGGUAAGGCAGUGGAGGGACAUGGCCGAGUGUUCAAGAAUCAUGUUGUAUUCUGCUCUGCUUCCCUGUUUCAGCCCCAAAAGCCAUUGGGGAGAGCGCCACCUAAGAGUGUCACGCAAGCACCAAGUCCAUUGCUCAGUGUCCGCAGGUGCCACCCAAGCGUCGGUGCCUUGGGGCUGCGAAAUUGACUCCUUGGAGAACGCCUCGGCGUUGCAGCGGUGGCUCUCAGACUCGGGGCUGCCACCGCAGAAGAUGGGCAUAGAGAGAGUGGAUGUGGGCGAGAGAGGACUCGUUGCUUUGAAGAACAUUAGGAAAGGGGAGAAGCUGCUCUUUGUGCCUCCCUCACUUGUCAUAACUCCAGAUUCUGAGUGGAGCUGCUCGGAAGCUGGUGAAGUAUUGAAAAGGAAUUCAGUGCCAGAUUGGCCUUUGCUUGCGACUUACCUCAUAAGUGAAGCUAGCCUAAUGGAAUCUUCAAGAUGGAGCAAUUAUAUAUCAGCCUUACCUCGUCAACCUUACUCACUUCUUUACUGGUCACAAGCAGAACUAGAUCGCUAUUUGGAAGCUUCACAAAUUAGGGAGAGAGCAAUUGAAAGGAUUAAUAAUGUUAUUGGAACAUACAAUGAUUUGAGGCUCAGAAUAUUUUCCAAAUACCCUGAUUUAUUCCCUGAUGAGGUGUUCAACAUAGAGUCCUUCAAAUGGUCAUUUGGUAUUCUUUUCUCCCGCUUGGUUCGUUUACCCUCAAUGGAUGGAAAGGUUGCUUUGGUUCCUUGGGCUGAUAUGCUGAAUCAUAGUUGUGAUGUGGAGACAUUUUUGGAUUAUGAUAAGACGUCAAAGGGAAUUGUCUUCAUGACAGAUCGGCCCUAUCAACCAGGUGAGCAGGUGUUUAUUUCAUAUGGAAAAAAAUCAAAUGGGGAGCUUUUGUUAUCUUAUGGAUUUGUCCCAAAGGAAGGCGCUAAUCCUAGUGAUUCAGUUGAGUUGUCACUAUCGCUGAAGAAAUCUGAUGCUUCCUAUAAGGAGAAGCUAGAACUGUUGAAGAAAUAUGGAUUAUCAGCAUCUCAGUGUUUUCCUAUACAGAUUACUGGUUGGCCAUUGGAAUUAAUGGCUUAUGCUUAUUUAGCUGUUAGUCCUUCAAGCAUGAGGGGAAAAUUUGAAGAGAUGGCUGCUGCAGCAUCAAAUAAUACCACCACCAAGAAGGAUUUAAGAUAUCCUGAAAUAGAGGAGCAAGCAUUGCAAUUCAUACUAGAUAGCUGCGAAUCCAGCAUAUCAAAAUACAAUAAGUUUUUACAGGCAAGUGGAUCACUGGAUUUGGAUGUUACUUCUCCUAAAUUACUCAACCGAAGGCUCUUUCUGAAACAGCUAGCUGUGGACUUGUGUACUAGCGAGCGAAGGAUAUUAUUUCGUGCUCAAUAUAUACUGCGAAGAAAAUUGAGGGACAUAAGAGCUGGUGAAUUAAGGGCCUUAAAAAUAUUCAACGGUUUCCGGAAUUUUUUCCAAUGAGGCCAUUCACUGGUGCAUUAUUUUCUGCCCUUGUUUGUUCUUAGUUUUAAAAAAUUCCGUCUCACCCUUGAGCAUGAUCAACUUUGUUCACUUCGUACACAGUGGAGUUCAUUUGUAUCUCCUAAUUGAGGGAAACAGGUCCAAUAGUCUUCGAUAUUUAUCGAUCAAUAUUGAAAAAGCAAGAGAAGAAAAAGAAAAGGGACGAAAUGAUUAUAACAUAGGCCUGAUAUGUAUUUAUUGAUCCAUAUAAAUUUCUCUUACCCUUUGUCGUUUAAAUUUUCAAGG